AACUUAUUUAGGAUUCAUCGGAAACCGAUUGAGUGCAAACGUUUACGAAAAAUGCAAAUUAUGUUCGGAACAAUAUUAUGUGUUUUAUUGAAAAGUUUGAUAUUGACAAAAGCAACUAAUACGCCGAAGGUUGAUAUUACUUCGAACAUCCUCCAAGAAGAAAAUGUUUCCAUGUAUCCGUAUAUAAAUUUCACGCAGGAUAUUUCAAUGUCCGAGAAAAGUGAUCAGCAUAUACUAAAUUUUAAAUCUGAUCGGAGUUAUUCUGAUAGUAUGACUGUGAGAAAUGAGCGAGAAGUCGAUGAGGUUCCACUUGCAAAUAUUUCUAUCACCCCAGAAUCUAUCGAAAGCAAGCCAACAUCUCUCAGAGCAUUUGUACAAUUCGACAGUCAAUUUAUAGUAAACGACAUUUUUGUGACAUUGAGAUGGAACCAACCUGAAUUUACCGAUGAAAUAAUACAGGGAUACACAGUGCAAUGUUUUUUCAUCGAGAACUUAAAAGAGAUUCAAAUCUGCGAUGAUAAAAAUAUCACAACUAUAAAAUUGGAGCACACGGUGCACAAUCUAACAUCUAACACGACAUAUUAUUUUCGAGUACGUGCGCAUACUAAAAUUGUUGCUGGUCUUUACACGGAUUUAAUCAAUGUGUCGACUACACAUGAAAAUCCAAUUCCUAAAUUAUUAGUCACAUCGGCAGAAGAUGUCCACAUAUUGGACAUGGAUUUAAACAUUACUGAUUGGUUAUUGCCACAGGGUACAGAAUAUGUACAACAUGUCGCUUAUUCGAUACAAGAACAUAGAAUUUAUUUCAUAACUUUGACGCCUCUUACAGCAGUAGUUCAUUGGAUGCACGAGAAAUUGAGCUGCGCGGCCUACGAGGUGCAUUGGAAGUCAAUUAUGUUAAUGAACAACGGCAUGCAACACAAGAGCAAACAAUUUAUCAAUGUGCCGAAACGUAUGGCAGACGGCAGAUUUUUCACAAAGAUUAACUUGUCGCUACCAGUACAAGAUUACUUGAUAUACUUUCGCUUGAUAUUGAGAUAUCCCGAAUAUAAGGAAAAUUUUACAUGGCCGACUGAUGAAAGAUUUAUUUUUUCAACACGUGAUAUUUCGAACACUUCUGGAAUAAUAGCGAAAAAAUAUUACUUAUUAUUCAUGUUAAGUUUUAUCGUUAUAAUUACUAUAAUCUGCUGCUUUUAUUAUUUAUAUCGUCAACGCAGAGGUAAUAGUGAACAAUUUUUUUCUUCAACAACGACCAAUGUCGGAUUGGCGAUUCUACAUGAAGUACCUUGCCGAAACACUCAAUUCAAUAUGCUUUACAGUCCUAUGUUACAUUAUAACCCGGAUGAAUGUACGAUAACUAAAAUCGCACGAAAUCAAAUUACAUUCACAAAACAUCUUGGUAGCGGCGCAUUCGGAAUGGUGUAUCAAGGAAAGAUGAAGGAUUUAGAAAAAUCGGGCACAGAGAUGUCCGUUGCAAUAAAAACGCUUCGAAAAGAUGCUACUUCCCGUGAGAAAGAGAAAUUCUUAAAGGAAGCCAAGCUUAUGAAUCAUUUUCAACACAAACAUAUAUUAAGAUUGUUGGCCAUUUGCUUAGAUGGGGAUCCUCCGUUAUUAGUGUUGGAAUUGAUGGAAACAGAUCUGUUACAAUAUUUGAGAGAUUGUCGAAAUUUGGAAGCAUCAGAUUCGCCUGCUCUGCGUUUGCAGGAUUUGCUCGCCAUGUGCGAAGAUGUUGCGCGAGGUUGUUGCUACUUGGAAGAGUUGCGUUUCGUACAUAGAGAUCUAGCGUGUCGCAAUUGUUUAGUGUCUUCGAGGAAUCGAGAGAAUCGUGUCAUCAAAAUUGGAGACUUUGGACUAGCUAGAGAUAUCUACAAGGAUGAUUAUUAUCGCGUGAAAGGAGAAGGUUUGUUUCCUAUUCGCUGGAUGGCACCCGAAUCUUUGAUAAUGGGAAUAUUUACUUCUCAAAGCGAUGUUUGGUCAUUUGGAAUAUUAAUGUGGGAAAUUACAUCGUUGGGUGAACAACCUUAUAGUACCAAGACUAAUGAAGAAGUGACAAAUUAUGUACGUGCUGGAGGCAGGUUGUCGAUGACUCCUAACUGUCCGUCAACGUUGUACCAGUUGAUGCUGCGUUGCUGGAAAACAGCAAAUGCCAGACCAAAUUUUAAUCUUUGUCUGAAAAAUAUUAUAGCAUUUAGAAAGAACACGGAAGAUGCCUUAUUGAGUCCAGUCGAUAUUAUUUAG